CGGAUGUGAAAUUCUUGAUAGCAUCUUAAACCCCCAUGGGUAGCUUUCAAAAAAAGGGAGGACAUAGUCUAUAUGUGGAUUCUUGUGUCAGUUUUGAUGGGCAUGCCAAUGGCAUGGAUAAUUUGGAAGUGGUUAACCAGGUAUCAUUAUUGAACUACCCGCAAAUCCCAUUUUAUAUAGUGGCAUAUUCAAUGUUACAUUCUUCAUGGCCGGAUCUAAAGUCGGAAGGCCGACGCAGAGUUCCUCGCGUUUCAUAUUCAUUAAUACUGAGCGUGGGGAGCUGUUUCGACGCAACUUUCCCCUGCAGGAAACAUUCAUAAAUGCGAGGGAUGUCUUCUAGACAUGGAGAAAUAGUAUCUUCAGCUUUCGCUUCGGUCUCGGUCACUUGUCCUUCGUUUUCUUCCCCUCGUUACACGAGUAUACGGCCAUUCAAGCUAUCUGUCUCUCGUUAUGAAGUACACAUACCUUCUCGGCAUAAUCUCUGCAGCACUUACUGGCAAUGCUGCAGCCAUUUCUGUCUCCGGUGCUGCGGAGGGUUUCGCAGCUGGUGUUUCUGGCGGUGGCAGCGCUACUCCAGUAUACCCAAAGAGCCUAGGUGAUCUGGUGUCUUACCUAGGCGACGACGAACCAAGGGUUAUCGUCCUCGAUAAGACGUUUGAUUUCACCGGAUCCGAAGGCACGGCCACUGGCGAGGGUUGUGCGCCUUGGGGCACCGGGGAUGCAUGCCAGGUCGCUAUUAACUUCAAUAAUUGGUGUGAUGGGCAGUCCAGUGCGCAACAGAUUAAAGUAAAAUAUGACAAGGCCGGAGUUGAGGGCAUCAAAGUCACUUCCAACAAGACUAUCCUCGGCGUGGGAUCAAACGGGACGAUCAAGGGAAAGGGUCUCCGGAUCGCCAAUGGUGCCAGCAAUGUUAUCAUUCAGAACAUUGCCAUCACCGACAUCAACCCCAAGUACGUCUGGGGAGGUGACGGUAUCACGCUCGAUGAUUGCGAUCUAGUCUGGAUCGACCAUGUUACUACAGCCCGCAUCGGCCGCCAACACAUCGUCCUCGGAACAAGCGCCUCGAACCGCGUAACAAUCUCCAACAACUUCAUCGACGGAAGGACUCCCUAUUCCGCCAGUUGCAAUGGAUAUCACUACUGGGGUGUGUUCCUGUUCGGAUCCAGCGACAUGGUCACGCUCAAGGGCAACCAUAUCUACCACACCAGCGGUCGCAGCCCGAAAGUUGAGGGGAACACGCUCCUCCAUGCUGUGAACAAUUACUUCUCCGACAAUACGGGCCACGCGUUCGAGCUCAUGAAGGGCUCCUACGUCCUUGCGGAGGGUAACGUCUUUGAUAAUGUCAAGGAGGUUGUUGGCUCCGGCAUUGAGGGUCAAGCCUUUGCUGUUUCGAAUUCAGCAGAUAGCAGUGUUUGCAAAGAGUACAUCGGACGCUCUUGCAUGGUUAAUGGGUUCCAGAAUUCGGGAAAGUUUGAUCUACGGGAUAAGGGCUUCCUGUCCAACUUUCGGGGGAAGAAUGUGGCAUCUUCGACUUCUUAUACGGGCGUUCAGGCGAGUGUCUUGCAUAAUGCUGGUCAGGGGAAGCUUUGAUUCUGUGGGGGGUCGUUAAAAGUAUAUUCUACUCAUGUUGUAUGUUCACGCUGUUCUUUUCGUUGAUGUUCAUCGUCCCAUAUUGAUAUGUAUGUACUUGGCUGGUUAGGGCUGCGGCCGUAUAUCCGAUUCCAAUUAAAUUGACC